GAGAUCAGCUGUGCUUCUCUGGCCUCAGCUCUGAAGUCCAACCCCUCCCAUCUGAGACACCUGGACCUGAGAGGAAACAACCUGCAGGAUUCAGGAGUGAAGGAUCUGUGUGGUUUUCUGCAGAGUCCAGACUGUGGACUGGAGACUCUGAGGUUGAGGGGCUGCAGUUUGUCAGAGAUCAGCUGUGCUUCUCUGGCCUCAGCUCUGAAGUCCAACCCCUCCCAUCUGAGACACCUGGACCUGAGUGAAAACAACCUGCAGGAUUCAGGAGUGAAGCAUCUGUGUGGUUUUCUGCAGAGUCCAGACUGUGGACUGGAGACUCUGAGGUUGAGGGGCUGCAGGUUGUCAGAGAUCAGCUGUGCUUCUCUGGCCUCAGCUGUGAAGUCCAACCCCUCCCAUCUGAGAUACCUGGACCUGAGUAACAACAAGCUGCAGGAUUCAGGAGUGAAGGAUCUGUGUGGUUUUCUGCAGAGUCCAGACUGUGGACUGGAGACUCUGAGGUUGAGGGGCUGCAGUUUGUCAGAGAUCAGCUGUGCUUCUCUGGCCUCAGCUCUGAAGUCCAACCCCUCCCAUCUGAGAGACCUGGACCUGAGUGGAAACUGGGACCUGCAGGAUUCAGGAGUGAAGGAUCUGUGUGGUUUUCUGCAGAGUCCAGACUGUGGACUGGAGACU